ACAGGUCCUCAGGCCAUCUGCACUUACCCAUUCUUCUUUGUUCCAGCAGUUAUUCUGCUCUACCAGCCACAUCCCCAGGGCAACAUGGCAUUCGCAGGCAAAUAUGAAUUCGAAAGUGAUGAGAACUACGAUGACUUUGUGAAGAAGAUUGGUCUCCCCGCUGACAAGAUCGAACUGGGAAGGAAUUGCAAAAUAGUCACUGAGGUGGUGCAGAAUGGAAACGAUUUCACCUGGACUCAGCACUUCCCAGGAGGACGCACCACAACUAAUUCAUUCACUAUAGACAAGGAAGCAGACAUGGAGACAAUGGGUGGUAGAAAGUUCAAGGCAACUGUUAAAAUGGAAGGUGGGAAAAUAGUAGCUGAUUUUCCCAACUAUCGUCAUACUGCAGAGAUUUCUGGAGGAAAGCUUGUAGAGAUCUCCACUUCUUCUGGAGUAGUCUACAAGAGAACCAGCAAAAAGAUUGCUUAAAAAAAAAAAAAA